ACCAGAGGCAAAGCCGGCCACUCAUGCCACUCAUUCAUUCAGUCGCUUAACGAUGUUAACGCGAAUAACAUUUAAGGAAAGUCUACGGGCUUUCCUUGCACUUUUCCUGUUUUUGGUCGGUAUACAGGGCGAAUCGUUAACCCCGCCGUAUUUCAACUUGGCGGAAGGUAAAAAUAUUACAGCUUCGGCCACGUGCGGUGAAGGUAUUGAAGGACCUGAGUUGUUUUGUAAAUUGAUCGGCGCCAAUUCUGAGAAUGAUCUCGCUGUUAAUGUUAUCCAAGGGCAGUACUGUGAUGUUUGUGAUCCCACAAAAUCGGACAAAAGGCACCCUCCAGAAUUUGCUGUGGAUGGCAGAGAAUACUGGUGGCAAAGUCCACCUCUAUCCAGAGGAAUGAAAUAUAAUGAAGUCAAUUUAACUAUUGAUCUAGGACAGGAAUUUCAUGUCGCCUACGUUUACAUCAAAAUGGCUAACUCACCUAGACCCGGUUUAUGGAUUUUAGAAAAAUCGGCUGAUUAUGGAAAAACGUUCACUCCUUGGCAAUACUUUUCUGAUUCGCCGUCGGAUUGUGAGACUUUCUUCGGAAAAGAGAGCUUGGCGCCUAUUGCUAAAGAUAAUUCUGUUAUAUGUACAACAGAGUAUUCCAAGAUCGUUCCUUUAGAAGGAGGAGAGAUACCAAUCUCGCUGCUGAAGAAGAGACCUUCUGCCAAUCACUAUUUUAACUCCUCGGUACUUCAAGAAUGGACAAGAGCUACUAACGUACGUUUAAGGUUCCUUAGAACUAAGAACUUACUAGGACAUCUUAUGUCUGUGGCUCGACAGGAUCCUACCGUUACGAGAAGAUAUUUCUAUUCCAUCAAAGAAAUAAGCAUAGGAGGUCGUUGCAUGUGUAAUGGACACGCAGAUGCCUGCGAUAUUCCGGAUCGGCAAGACAACAGGGUCCUGUUGUGUAACUGUAAACAUAAUACCUGCGGAGCCAAAUGUAAUACUUGCUGUCCAGGAUUCGAACAAAAAGCCUGGAAACAAUCGAAACACAAUGCUCCUUUUAUUUGUGAACGUUGCAACUGUUUUGGCCACAGCGAUGAAUGUGAAUAUGAUCCAGAAGUGGAUAUGAAACAUCUGUCACUCGAUAUUCAUGGCAGAUACGAUGGUGGUGGAAAGUGUAAAAAUUGUAGAGACUUUACAGAAGGAAUUAACUGCAAUAAAUGCCAAGAUAGGUUUUUCAGGCCUUACAAUAAGCAAUGGAACGAAACUGAUGUAUGUCAACCAUGUCAGUGCGACAUUUUUUACUCCACCGGCAACUGCGCAGAGGGAUCAGGAAGAUGUGAGUGCAGAAAAGAAUUCGUACCACCAAAUUGCGACAGCUGUAGUUUCGGCUAUUACGGUUAUCCUAAUUGCAAACCUUGUGAAUGCUAUCUCAAUGGAACCUUAGAACUACAGUGCGCUCCAUCUCAAGGAGAAUGUACCUGCAAAUCCAAUUUUGGAGGAAAAUAUUGCAAAGAAUGUGCUCCUGGAUUUUUCAACUUCUCUCAAUGUACAGAGUGUCAGUGUAACCCGCAAGGUUCAGUAUCAUCUUCAUGUAAUCAAGAAACGGGAGCUUGUACUUGUAAAAAUAAAUACGAUGGCCUGAAGUGUGAAAAAUGCAGAGACGGAUAUUUCUAUAAGGACGACGAUUGUGCUUACUGUGAUUGUGAUACCAGCGGUACUGAACCGGAGAUCUGCAACAAAAGCAACGGAACUUGUAUAUGCAAACCGGGAUAUGGUGGCCAACGUUGUGAUACAUGUCUUUUGGGUUACUACGGCUACCCUGAUUGCAAACCUUGUGACUGUAGUAAGACGGGAUCUCACGGAACCAGUUGCAGUGCGUCUGGAAAAUGUUCUUGCUUGUUCAACUAUGCCGGGAAAACUUGUAGCCAAUGUAGCCCUGGUUAUUAUGACUAUCCCAAUUGUAACGCUUGUGAGUGCGAUGAGGCCGGAUCUAUUGGUUUGUCUUGUGAUCAAAAUGGGAAAUGUGAGUGCAAAGAAAAUUUUGCCGGGCAACAAUGUAACGCUUGUAAAGAAGGAUAUUACAACUUUCCUGCAUGCGAAGAUUGUAACUGCCAUCCUGCUGGUGUAGUGGAAGGUUUUGCUGGAUGUGGAUCAGUACCCGCGGGUGAACUCUGCCAAUGCAAAGAACGCGUAGAAGGAAGGAUCUGCAACAAAUGCAAAUCACUAUUUUGGAACUUAAACCUUAACAAUCCUAACGGUUGUGAGGAUUGUAAGUGUAACACAAGUGGUGUAUUAGGAGGAAUCGGAGUUUGCGAUCCUGAAGAUGGACAAUGUGUUUGUAAACCUUCGGUUAUAUCUAGGUCAUGCUCGGUAUGUGCUGACGGAACCUACAAACUAGAAGAAGAUAAUUUAUUUGGAUGUAUUGAUUGUGGUUGCGAUAUUGGAGGAUCUGUCAAUACGGUUUGUGAUAAGAAAACUGGUCAAUGUAAAUGUCAAUCGCGUGUGGAAGGUCGCACUUGCAGAGAACCUUUACAGGCUCACUAUUUCCCUACACUUUACCAAUAUCAGUAUGAAGUAGAAGACAGUCGCACCCCAGAAAAUAGUAAAGUUAGAUAUGACCACGACGAGAAUGUGUUCAGUAACUAUUCCUGGAAAGGAUAUGCUAAGUUUUCUUCUAUACUACAACGAGAGGUUGUUCAAGAGAUCAACAUCGUCAAACCGUCUCUAUACAGAAUGGUCUUCCGUUUCGUCAACCCUAAUCCUUAUACAGUCAUUGGUAGUAUACGAAUAGUUCCUGAAAAUCCCAACGAUAAUGAUCAAGUUAUGCAGGUCCAGUUUAGAAAUACUUCACAGCCAGCGUUUGUCACUGUUGCAGGAGAGAGCGGCAAUAUAGCUAAAUCAUUCGUAAUCAAUCCUGGACGUUGGUCAGUAUACAUCAACAUUAACCAGACCGUUUUCUUGGAUUACUUUGUGCUAUUACCAGAAGAUUUUUAUUUAGCUACGAUUUUAAACCAGAAAGUUGGCAAACCAUGCACGAUAGGAGAACAGGAUUUGUGUAGACAUCAUGCUUACCCCAACCUUACUGCCUACGACAAAUCUUGGGGAGUCGGAGGUUUUGGAGCAAAUAACAAACAACUUACGGAAUGGUUCAAAAAUACAACUCAUUUACACGAGGUAAAAAAACUUAGCAACAAAGUACCUAUGUUAAACGAACUCCAACCGGAAAUAUCCCUUAACAUCUCACUACACAAAGCCGGAGACUAUAUACUAGUAAUAGACUAUAUAACACCUUUGGAUGAUCUGCGUACGCAUGAAGUUCGAGUAACCAAACAUUCCAAAGAGGGAAUAGAAAGUGGACAAGUUAUAUUAUACGCUUGCCCUUAUACUACCUUGUGUAGGCAAGUAGUAACCAAUAGUAGUCAAGGAGUUGCUGUGUAUAGUAUCAGCGGAAAUUCUAUUGUAGUCAAUAUUACGAGUCCUAGCGCUAACGUUGGAAUCCAUUCAGUGACUGUCAUACCUUUCGAAGAUUGGUCCCUUGAUUUCAUCACACCACAACCGGUGUGUAUUCGUAGAGAUGGAGAAUGUAUACCUUUUAGCUUUCAUAACCCUCCAGAAACGAAGAAAAUUCCAUUCGAUCAGGAAGUCAUGGGAGAAAUUGGCAAAAACAAGCCACCAGUAAAAGAGUUUUAUAACAAUAGUUUUAUUUGGUUGAAUCCAUCCGAUACUUCUUUGGAUAUUAAAGGAAAAGUUCCCGUACCCGGAUUUUACACUUUCAUGGUGCAUUAUUAUCAACCUCAUUCACCAGCCUUCGACUUGGGAGUCAUUAUUCAAAAUGGUGCCUUUUAUGAAACCAAAGUACGUAUAGAUCACUGUCCUUCCCAAUCUGGAUGCAGAGCUGUAGUUACCCAAGCUGAUGGAAACAGGGCGUUCAGUUUAACAGAAAAUUUCAUGAUGACCCUUAAACUCCAAAAUAAUAAAGACGUAUACCUGGACUAUUUGCUUGUGGUUCCUGCAGAUUUAUAUACCGAACAAUAUCUUGAAAAAUCCGAAAACUUUGAUAGAGCUGGGGAAUUUAUAUCAAAGUGCGGCAGUAAUCAUUUUAACAUUGAUACAACUAUGGAAGGUUUUUGCCGAGACUCCGUAUUUUCUAUCACUGCUGGCCAUAAUACCGGCGCUCUCCCCUGCCAGUGCGAUUACGUAGGUUCCAAAAGUUUCGAGUGUGAGAAAUUCGGUGGUCAAUGCCAAUGUAGGGAAAACAUAAUUGGUCGUAAAUGUGAAGCCUGCAAAACUGGCUACUAUGGAUUCCCCGACUGUAAACCCUGUAGAUGUCCAGCAACUGCAUAUUGUGAACCCAAUACCGGAGAAUGUAUUUGUCCUGAAAACGUAGUAGGAGAAAAUUGUGACCAAUGUAAGCCAUUGACGUAUGGGUUCGAUCGGCUUAUUGGAUGUGAGGAAUGUAAAUGUGAUUACUUGGGAGUCGAGAGAAAUGACUACCAAUGUGAUCUAUUAAGUGGCGCUUGUCGCUGCAAAGAAAACAUAGUCGGACGAACUUGUGACAGAUGCAAAGCAGGAAACUACCAGUUUCCAUACUGCGAAUCCUGUGAAUGUAACAUCGGCGGAACUAUAGCGGAAAUCUGUGACAACAGUACAGCCGAAUGUUUCUGUAAGAAGAACGUCGUUGGGCCUCAUUGUGAAUUCUGCAGAGAAGGAUCUUUCAAUAUACAACCGAGCAACGAAGAUGGAUGUACAGAAUGUUUUUGCUUUGGAAAAACCACAAGAUGUCAAAGCUCAAGAUUAAUUAAAGUUUCUCUGAAUAUAAUGAAGGACUGGGAGGUAGUAAAGUUAGAUUUAAAUGAUAAAUUGAAUGUUACUUCCUUACACAUUCAGCUGCAGAACAUGGAUGAUGAUAGUAAUGUUCUGGGUAUAGACUUUUCGUAUGUCAAUGUUUCAACUGCAUAUUUCUCCGCACCUGAUGAUUAUUUGGGCAAGAAGUUAGUUUCCUAUGGUGGUCAUUUAAAUUACUCCAUCUUUUAUAACAUUGGCCAAGAAGGAUCGGCUGUUAGUGGCCCGGACGUAGUUUUACAGGGAAAAGACAUUUACUUGGUAUACUCCAAUCUAGAGCAACCUCCUCCAGAAUCAGACUUCUCAACAUCCCUACAGCUAGUAGAAAGCAAUUUUGAAUUAUCUUCCGGUGAACCGGCCAGACGAGAACAUAUCAUGGAAGUCCUUAGGGAAUUGGAAGGAAUUUACAUUAGAGCUACCUAUUGGUCAUCGACAAUUUCCACAAGGUUGUCAAAUGUUAUCCUCGACGAAGCAUUCGAACCAGUACAAGGAUACUACGACCAAUCACCUCUCGCAAGUUCAGUUGAACAGUGCCAUUGUCCACCAAAUUAUCAAGGAUUGUCUUGUGAAGAAUGUUCUCGAGGAUUUUAUAGAAUCCAAUCUGGACCACAUGGAGGUUUCUGUGUACCAUGCGAGUGCCAUGGUCAUGCCGACGAGUGCGAUGUUAAUACUGGAGUUUGUUUGAAUUGUACCCACAAUACAAAAGGAGACCACUGCGAGUUUUGUGAAACCGGCUAUCAUGGGAAUGCGUUAGCUGGUACUCCAAAGGACUGUUUAAUUUGCGCAUGUCCACUGCCCAUAACCAGUAACAAUUUUGCUAAUUCUUGUGAUCUGAGUUCCGAUGGAGAAAAGAUAAGUUGUCAGUGUCAAGAGGGCUAUCUUGGAGCAAGAUGCAAUCACUGUUCCCCCGGUUUUUAUGGAAGGCCAGAAGUGCAAGGUGAUUACUGCAAGCCAUGCCAGUGUUCAGGCAACAUUAAUCCAAAUGAUCCACAAUCUUGUGAUACAGUUACUGGAGCCUGUCUGCGGUGUCUCAAUAACACAUACGGUGAGCAAUGCGGCGAGUGUGCUCCAAGCUUUUUUGGAGAUGCUGUCAACCUGAAGGACUGUCAACCUUGUAUCUGCGAUGAUCUUGGUACCGACCUAUGCGACAGCACGACUGGUAGAUGCGUCUGCAAACCCAAUGUCGUCGGCGAAAAGUGUGACCGAUGCGAAAUCGAACAUUUUGGUUUCCAAAGCGGUAGAGGAUGUACUCCUUGUAAAUGUGGAGAGGCAUCGGAUAGUGACCAAUGCGACGACGUUACAGGACAAUGCAAAUGUAAACCGGGAGUUACUGGAAGGACUUGCGAUAGGUGCGCUGCAGGAUUUUGGAACUACACCACGGAAGGCUGUACAUCUUGUGGCUGCAAAACGGAAUAUUCUCUAGGAUUCGGUUGCAAUGCCCUCACUGGACAGUGUGAAUGUCUUGAAGGAGUCAUUGGAGAAAAAUGCGACCAAUGUCCUCAUCGAUGGGCUUUUGAACAAAACUUUGGUUGCCAUCAAUGCGACAGUUGCCAUCAUGCCCUUUUGGACGAUACCGAUCAAUUAGCAGCUACAAUUGAUCCUGUUAUAUUUGAUUUUGACUCUAUACAGUCGGGAUACUUUACUAGGAGAAGAUUGGAAAGCAUGCGAGAACAUUUGGAUAAACUAAAACCAAAAUUCGAUGAAAUUAAUCCCAGCCAAACUAGCCUGAACAGUACAAUCCAAGAACUCGAGGUAUUAGAACAGGAUUCCAAAAAUUUAAAUAGAAAAUCUAACUACUCCUUGGAAAAUAGCGAGAAAUUUAAAAAUCAAUCCGAAAAGUUGAAAGAUACAUUAGAAGAAUUGGUAGACGAGAUAUCACAAGUAGAAGAAGAUGCUAUUAGAACAGCUGAGGGUAUUGACAAGAUAUUUACUGAGUUGCACGAGCAAGCAGGUAAUGAAGUUGAAAAGGCUCUUAAUGAAGGCCAGGCUAUCUUUGAUGUUAUGAAAGAGUACAAUCUGACUCAAAAAGACGCCAACGCUAAUGCCUCACUCAAAAAAGUUGAGGAUAUUUUGAAAAAUGUGACCGAUUUUAAACUCCCUGUGGAAAAUCUCAAAAAAGAAGUAAAAGAAGUCGAAGAUAAUUUGAAAAAGUUCUAUAAGAAAUUAGAUAGUUUGUAUAAUCAUACUCAGUUUUCGCUGAAUAUGGCGAAAGAAGCCGAGGACAUUAUGGGAAAAAUUGGAAAAGACAGAUUGAAAAACAAACUAGAAGACAUCGAAAACAAACUUACCCAAUCGAAAGUGAAUCUUGAUGACUCGGAUAAAUUUUUGGCGAACGCAUCGGCAUUACUAGAAGUAUCAGUCGGGAAAUUGAAACAACUACAGGAUGCUCCCGAAAUUUUAGAAAGUUUUAAUAAUAAUUUUAACAACGAACUGGAAAACAACAAAAUAGAAUUAGAAAACAUUGAAAAGCUAAGACCCCAAGUACAAGAACAUGCCACCAAUUUAUCCAAGCGAGUUGAACAACUUGAGCAUAUUUUAUCUGAAUCGCAGUUCGGAUCUCAAGAUGCCGUGAAAGCCGCGAGAGCAUACAAGGAUAUUGUGGCAGCCGUUAAAAGUGCUAGAGAAGCAGCAGACAGUGCACAGAAUGAUACAAAUCACGCUGCAGGCAUCCUUAAUAAUGUACAAGAACGUACGAAUGAUGCUGAAACAAACUCAGAAAGAGUCUUGGACGAAGCUCAUAAUUCCAAAACAUCGACCACUGAUACGUUAAAACCCAAGUUGAAGACGUCAAUAGAAAUGUAUCAGCCGGUGAAGAAAGUACUAGAUGACGCAGGGCAAUUAUUAAAAGAGAUCGAGAAAAUUUUGGAGAAUAUGCAAAUUCAAGAUUUAGAAGAAGGGUAUAAAGUUGCAGCGAAAAAUGCGGAUGACGCUGCGGAGUCAGUUGGCGAAGUAAAAGAGUCUGUUACUACAUCAUAUAACAAUCUACCUAAUGAAACAGCCCAGGCUCAAUUGCUUCCAAAAGAAGUCGAUGAUAUGCAACGCAAUCUAGUCCAGACUGAAAAACAAAUCAAUACCGUAAAGGAAAAACUGCCAUCCGUUCUUGAAAGCAUUGAAGAAUUACCAGCGAUUCACACGGAUACUAAACGUAAAUCUGAGAUGAUCAAAUCAAAUUUAAAAAAGCUGACUCAGCAGAUCGAUUUAGCGAGAGACAUAGCCAACAGAAUUAAACUAGGAGUAAAAUUCUUUACUAACACGACUUUGGAAUUAAGAAAUCCUAAGAAUCUAGAGGCAUUGAGUACUUCGUCUAAGUUUUCAGGUUACUUUAAAACCAAUGAAAGACAGGGUCUUAUCUUUUACAUUGGAAAUCCGAAUGCUACAAACAUACCCAAACAGAAAACUGAGGACUAUAUGGCUUUGAUAAUUCAAAAUGGUUAUCCCGUUCUUAAAUUCAACAUUGGUAAUGGAAAUGAACAGAUUAUCAAUCCCAAAUAUGUCGCAGACAACAAUUGGUAUCAAUACAUCAUAGAAAGGGUUGGUUUCAAUGCCAAAUUAUCCAUUCGUGAAGAAUUACAAGAUGGAACAGAAAACGUUAUAACAAAAGAAAAGUCACUGUCUGGUCCUUAUACCGUUUUCAAUCUAGAUGAGAAAAACUCAAAAAUAUUUGUAGGAAGUAUACCUAACAACUAUCAAGUUCCUGAUGGUCUAGAUUCCGGAUCCUUUGAUGGUGAGAUGGAAGAUAUAGUAAUAGGAAACACGCCAGUGUCCUUAUGGAACUUCAACUAUGGAUACGAGAAUAACCAUGGAGCGUUAGAAAGAGAUAAGUUGGUAAAUCUAGCUCCAAGCAACGGUUUCCGAUUCAACGGAAAAGGAUAUGCCAUUCUUGAUACAAGAUCUCUACAGUUCCGAGCUAAAUCAACAAUACAGUUAUACUUUAAGACAUAUGCUACAACUGGAUUACUAUUUUUAGCUGGAAAAGAAAGAACAUUUAUAUCUAUUGAAAUUCAGAACGGCAAAAUUCUAUUCCAGUACAAUUUAGGAGGAGCCACCAAGAAAUGGGUUACCGGUAAGGCGUACAAUGAUGGUAACUGGCACAAAGUUACCGCAAGCAGGGAUGGAGCUAAAGGAAAAUUGGUGGUCGAUACUGAAGAUGUCAUAGAUAGAACACGAGAAAUAAGUGGUUCUACCUUAGAAUUCAUAGACACAAUAUCUUUCGGAGGAUAUCCAAACAGGCAUAACUUCGCCGAUGUAACCGAGGCUCGAUUCGACGGAUGCAUUCAGAAUGUUACUAUAAUGGGCCAAGCAAUUGAUUUAAGAAAUAAUAUUAAAGCAUUCGAUGUGGAACCUGGAUGUCCUGAUAAAUGGUCUUCGAUGGUGUCUUUCGGACAAGAUCAAGAUCAUUAUGUAGGAUGGGAUAAACUUCCUUUAACUAAUGAGUUUAAUAUGAGCCUUAAAUUUAGAGCCGUCGAUGAUGACGGACUUAUUUUCUACAUCUCUGAUCCUUCCCAGGACAAUACAAUAUCUUUAUCAUUACACGACGGUCAUCUUGUUCUUAUUGACCAAAAGAUCGAACUAAAAUCUAAAGGGAUAUUCAAUGACAGUAAAUGGCAUGUAGUGUCGGUAAUCCAUAAUGAUACAUAUCUCAGGAUGGAUAUUGACGAUCAGGAAAGUCAAGUUACUGAUGCUACUCCUCCGUUUAUACAUGCGCCAGUUUCUAGUCUAUAUGUAGGUGGGUUACCUCGAAAAAUCGAACCACAGUAUAAUUCAGUAGCUGCAACUACAGCGUUCUAUGGCUGUGUAGCUGAUCUAACAGUUAAUGGCAAAGUUAAAAACUUUGCUAACACUACUGACAGACAUGCUGAAAUUUUGGACAAAUGCGUUUUAGAUGAUUCCCCAGAAGAUAUAGAUCAUUCAAUACCAGAUUUAAAGCCAAUAGAAAACAAAGGGUAUUAUACAACUGAGGCGCCUCCAGAAACUACAGUAAACCUCGAAGAAGCUUACGCUACAGUAAGAGGCGAUGGAGGUAAUGACUUUAGACCUAUUAUUGAAGUAGAUAUUCCCAUUCCCCCUGUUACAGAUGUUGUAACCGAGAUAGUACCAACAGAACCAACGAUGCCUAAACGGAUUGGUACCUUACCUCCUACAACACUAUCUCCUAUCACUGAUGGCUGUGCAUUAUCACCAAACCCAGUACAAGAAAGCGUUCAAGUAGUAGGAUAUAGAUUUGGUACUCACAACGGUAGUAGAUUGGAAUGUCCUACUGCAAGAGGAAAAUUCAGGAAAGUUUUUGACUUUAGGUUUGAGUUUAGAUCCAAAGAACCCGAAGGAAUAUUGUUUUACGCUUCUGAUAUAGGCGCAAAACUACCAUCACCGGAUCAUAAACAGUAUGUAGCUGUUUAUUUGUCUGGAGGUCAAGUUGUAUUCACCUUUAAAGGCGACGGAGAUGCAGUGAUAAUCAAAUCGAAGAAUGUAUAUAAUGAUGAUAAGUGGCAUUUGGUAGAGUUUAGCCGAGAGAAUUUCGAUGGAAAAUUGGUUAUUGAUCAAGAAGAUGUAAGUACAGGCAGCUUAGCAAGCAAGACUCAUACUUUGAACAUUCAAGUUCCAUUUUACAUAGGAGGACUUGCGCCAGAAUUAUAUAAUACUGCUCAUAUGGAUCUUAACACCACCGCAACAUUCUCUGGAUGCAUUCGCAGUAUGUCUAUGAACAACAAACCUCUAGAUACUGCAGUAGAGUAUGGAGUUAUACCUUGCUCUGAUAAUGUAGAAGUGGGUACAUUCUUUGGUGGAGGCUUAGAAACAUACGUGAAACUAAAGGAUAAGUAUAAAGUUGGUUUUAUGUUUAACAUUAAAAUGGAUAUUAAACCAAGAGUCGACACAGGAGUUUUGGUGACGGCUCAUGGAAAGAAAGAUUACCUUGUUUUAGAAUUAGUAAACGGAACUGUAAGGCUUCACGUUGAGAAUGGCAAAGGUCCUAUAUCUGCUACGUUUAUACCACCCAAUAACAAUCAUUUCCAUUUGUGUGAUGGUAACUGGCACAAUAUUCAAGCCGUUAAAUCUAAGAACGUAGUGACGUUAUCAGUGGACAACCUCUUUACUGAUCCCAAAAUAGGCCCCCAUGCCUUCUCUACAGAUACCGGUAGCGCCCUCUUCCUAGGUGGCCAUCGGUUAAUCAAGAAAGUCCGCGGUAUUCAAUCAAGGACCUCAUACAUCGGUUGUAUCAAGAACAUUGAGAUCAACAACGAACCUUUGGAGCUAUCAUCUGGUAUGCCGAUUAACGGAAAUGUGACCCUUGGGUUCUGCCCUACUAAUUAGUUUUAUAUUUAAUAAUAAAUAUUUGUAAUAAUUCAUAUCUUUUAUUGUACCUUUAACUAAAGUAA